GUUUGUCUAAUUUCCCUUUGGGGAUUAAUUAAGUGUUAUAAUGUUGAAUUUCUAGUCAUUCCCAAGCCUUUUUACAACUAUUUUCUCAACUCGACCAUGUCAUAUCCCUUUUUAAUUUAUCGCUAACCCUUUUUAGAACUUUUUUUUCAACCUGAUCAUGUCAUAUCAUUGUCUUAUUUAUCUCCAACCCUUUCUACAGCUAUUUUUCCAACACGAUCAUGUCAUAUGCCUGUUUUAUAUCCUCAACCCUAUCCCCAAUGCUUCCCAUAACUUCCAUAACUUUUUCCCCUAGCUCUGUCUCCAACUCUAUCCUCAACCACAUGCUCAUGAUGUAUGAUAUACCCUUUAUCUUCUGUCCUAUACCCCACCAUUACCCCAACCCAGCCCAGAGCGAGUACAUGAGUCAUAGAAAGACACAAAAUAACUGGUAAAGAUAUUAAAGUUACCGUGGUGUUAUUUAUCGGGAACAUCAAGGGAAUCAGUUUUAGAAAAGGUAUUGCGAAACUUGAGCUCUCAAUUUCACCUGCCUAAAUCUGUCUCCUGAUUUUAUUCUUGGCCUGACAGAAGGUCUCGUGCAUGAAGGAAGCUCAUGUGCGGCUGAGCGUUAGGUGUUUAUAAGUGGCGGCAGCCCUGCCAUGUGUCGCCGCUCUUAUUUGAACUCCAGAGCUUUGCUGUUGACGUUCUUCGCAGUCCAUGAGUGACACGCAUUCCUACACAGAGAGGGUGGCAGGUGCGGGUUCUCAAAAUAGCAUCUGCAUUGUAAAACCAAGGAUCUGAAGCCCUACAUACUGUUGAGUCACUGCCUGAGCGAGUAACUUACAGAAAGGGGCAUCGCAUCACUCGCCACGGACCAUGUUACUGGAACUGACAGCAUAUGACAUCACUAUUAACCCAGUUUGUUUUAAGUGUCUCGAAGUGGCACAUAUAUAGAAAGGCUUGUGCUUAAGGGCACAACACUCAACACACCUCAAGACAGAAGAUAGAAGACUUACUCUACCUGCUGCUGUAAAACUAUCAGGACGAUCUCAUCCAAGAAAAAUGGGUCAGUGCGGUUCGGCGUCAUCUAGGAAACCUCGACAAAUAUGUGAGAAAUUAAACCACUCCUUUACAUCGUCUCCAGCUUUCCGGUACCUAGGACACGGGAUGUGUGGCCUUUCCUGUAUGAAGAGGAUUUCGGUUAUCUCUGGAAAAGAAUCCACACCUCAGUCCGCUUGGGAGAGCAGGAGGAGAAGUUGCCACUGCGCUGGACUGGUUUUCGUGGAGGAUCUGGCCGGAGGAGUUUGGAUAAAGCCGACGGAAAAUAGUGGAAAGACGUGAGAAUGAACAAUCGACUGGAUUGGGUUUACCUGGAGGACAAACGUGUUGAUGGGAAAAGCUUCGGACCAUCUACCAAGCUUUGAUAUCACACAACAGUUUGGUUGAAAUGAUGAAACAUGCUGGAAUUGUGUUUCGAAAAGAUGCUAUUUUGAAACAUGAUGAAAUCCUGUUUUGGAAGUGUGGAAAACCAUUAGGAAGUCUGGUUUCUUCUUUAACUGGUUUCUUUAUUUUAUUUGGAGACUCUUCAGGUUGAUGCUAUGCUACAACUAUAACCUCUUCCUUUUUCUUUCUUUUUUUCUGUCUUUCUUUCAUUUCUUUACUUUACCUAUUUAUGAGUAAUUCCUUUGCAUCUUCAAUUUCUUGAUACUUCAGGACUUUAGGAAGUAAGUGAUGCUUUACUAUGUAAUUUAGCAAUUUGUGCAACAGACCCAAGUCUAUAUUAAGAUUGGCAUGUACUCUGGCACUGGUAUGCUGGAUUUGUCUCAAGAUAAAUAUGCUAUGAAUGAAAAUUCAAUUCGAUUUGAUUUCCUUGUGUUGAGUUUAAGGCUCAUUUAUACUCCUUUUACAUAUGAAAACAAAUGUGUCUGUUACAAUUGCUGUAAAAGUACUUAUUCUACUUUAAUGUGUACUCUAUGGUGGCAUUGCUGUUAAGACGUACAUCCACUAGAGGGCAGCUUAGAGUCAAAAGUUAUCGACAAGACGAAACGAAAAUGGCGGCAAUGGCGAAGGAUGUUGAAAAUCGAAGGAAAGUGAAGAAAAUCAAAAGAGACAGUGAAGUAAAUGGCUGUAAAUUAAGUGAAAAAGAUCCACCAUAAGUUUAUUUUAUGCUCAAGUUUUUUUUUUCAUCAUGUCCAUAUAGCAGUAGACAUUUUGUGUUUCGCUUUCAAGUGUUUUGCUUGAAUUUAUGGUUACAUGACCACUUAUUUCUAGUGUUUUUGCUCAGUGUGAAGAAAAUGUGCACAAUCAGUUGAUUUUUUAUAAAUGAACUGUCAUGUAUGUAUUUUUAUUUAUUUAUUUAUUCAUUUAUUUAUGGAAUAUCUCAACACCAUGUGAUUUGGAAGGUGCUGUCUGUCAUACUUUGACCCACCCGGAUGCCUUAUCUAAGAGUUGUGAGUAGAGAUAAGUGGGCAAGGACACAAUAAAUCAGCUAGUAGUAAAAUACAAACCACUGUGUCAACAGAACAGCAGGGAAGUAACAGCAAGUUCAAGUCUGGAGUUGAAAGUCGCUGUGGAUCAUUUAGAACGUUAACAAUGGGCCUAAAAGGAUCUCGACUGCCGGACGCCAGAGUUCUCCUGCUGGGUCUCGACGGAUCGGGUAAAUCCACUCUCCUUUACAAGCUCAAAUACGACGAGCGUUUCCAGACUGCUCCGACCGUCGGAUUCAACGUGGAGAUGAUUGACGCCAAGCAGAACAGGAAGAAAAUCACAGUGACCGUGUGGGACGUGGGCGGCCAGAAGAAAAUGCGGGAGCAUUGGAAGAGUUUCUACCAAGACACGGCCGGCCUUCUUUUCGUGGUGGACUGUUCGGACAAUGGACGCUUGGAAGAAGCCAAACAUGAGCUGGAGCACACCCUUAAAAACGAGCAUCUCCAGGGUCUUCCUGUGGUUGUCCUCGCCAAUAAGCAGGACGUUGGAGGAGCCCUGACGGCCACGGAGAUCACAGAGAGAUUCAACCUGAGGAAAACGUGCAACAACAGGGACUGGUUUGUCCAGCCGUGUUCAGCUACGAGUGGCGCAGGACUAGAGGACGGUUUCAGGAGAAUGGUUCACUUGGUGAAAACCACCAAUGACGCAAACAUUAAAGAAACAGUCAAGUAUUUACGAGCUAAAUCGAUGAAGCAUGGAAAGAAGUGACAAUGUAGUUGGUUUCUUAAAGGUUCCAGUUGGUGGAUGGCACAUUGGAGUUACUAUGAACGUUGACACCUUUGACCAAGAACACUGAUGCAGCCUACCUACGCUCAUUCACGAAUACUGGUCAGGUGCUGAUUGUACGUUUAUUGCUGCUGAACAAAGGGCGAAAAGAUUGGAGAGGAAUCUUCAAUGCAAUGUUCAACUACAGCGAGUGCUGAAGACAAAACUGGCCUACUGGGAUCUGCAUUGUUGCAUUGUGGACACUAUGGACACAUCCUUUUAUGAGACAUUUCACAUAAAUCCAAAUAAAAUGUUCUAAAUGUAAAUUAAGUCACAUUUAUUUAACUCCUUCAAUCUUCAGACUCAUCACUUGAGUUUAAUUGUAAAUGCUUGGCUGCAUUGAAAAUUAUGGUUACCGUCAAUGUAUUACCAAGUGAAAAUAAAGUUUAAUUGAUUGAUAAAAAUGCUUGUAAUAUGUUUGUAAUGGUAAUGCUACAGGCGAAAAAUAUCUGCUGGAAUUCUUAUGGGAGAUGAAGAUAAUCCACCAGGAAUGACACAUCUGAUCUACAUUAUACAUCAUUCUUACCCCCUUUAAGGUUAUGGUAUGAUACUGUUGAUUAACGUUUUCAAAUCACAUUUGCUGAUGACACUUCCUUCCCCUGAUUACUACAGCAAACUAGCAUGUAAAAACAUGUAUGUAAAUAAAAGAAGGAAUGCA